CGCACUCACACGCACCCACCCGCCGCGCGGCCAGGCCACCGGCCAGCCUCUCUGCCCCUCUCUUCUCUCCUUUUCUUCCAUUUUCCGGUCAAACUUUCCGCUCUGUCCCGGUUCUUCUUCGGACCCCCUUCCCCGCCCGGCGGACACCGGCCGGACCGACUAACGGAUUACCGAGUUUCAGAACCGGACCUGCCGUGAUUCGCCGACCCGGCCCAGCGGCGGGCCUCAACCUCUGCCCCCCUCCCUCCCUCUCCAGUCCGACCCAACUUUUUCCUCACCGACCGCCUCCGGUACCGGACGGCGCCGUCAGCGGAGAAAGUUCGCCGCUGUCCCGGAGCAGACCCGGUUAGUGCGGGUUUAAACUUUUCUUUAAGGUGGGGGUUUAAGUUGAGACGCAGCAGCGCCCCCACCCUGCUCCACCGCCUGGCUGUCCCGGUACCGACAGGCCUGCACCAGGAACCACAACCGGAACCACGGCGGCUCCACCAGCUGAUCUUUGUUUAUUUAUUUAUUUAUUUGGGCUUUGAUUUAUUUCCCGGAGCAGGAGAUGGGGGCUGUGUGACCGGAUCAGCGCGUGGCUUCCACGAGACUCGCAGUUUCCUCCGGUGCGUAGAGGGGCAGUGGGCGGAGCUGAAAGAUGGCGGGGGCGUCGGUGAAGGUCGCCGUGCGAGUCCGCCCGUUCAACGCCAGAGAGACGGGACGCAACGCCAAGUGUGUGAUCCAGAUGCAGGGAAACACCACCUGUAUCACCAACCCCAAACAGCCCAAAGAUGGAGCCAAGAACUUCACGUUCGACUACUCUUACUGGUCACACACAGCGGCUGAUGAGCCCGGCUUCGCGUCACAGAGGCAGGUCUAUGAAGACAUCGGAGAGGAGAUGCUGCUGCACGCCUUCGAAGGUUACAAUGUGUGUAUUUUUGCAUACGGCCAGACGGGAGCUGGGAAAAGCUACACCAUGAUGGGGAAACAGGAGCCUGGACAGGAAGGAAUCAUCCCUCAGCUGUGUGAGGAGUUGUUUCAGAGGACAGGAGAAAACACAGAUCCAGACCUGACCUACUCCGUGGAGGUGUCCUACAUGGAGAUCUACUGUGAGCGGGUUCGGGAUCUGUUGAACCCAAAGUCUGUGGGGACUCUGCGGGUCCGGGAGCAUCCCAUCUUGGGGCCCUACGUGGAGGAUCUGUCCAAGCUGGCUGUGACCGAUUUCACCGACAUUCAGGACCUGAUGGAUGCCGGCAACAAAGCUCGGACGGUCGCAGCCACCAACAUGAACGAGACGUCGUCCAGGUCGCACGCUGUCUUCACCAUCGUCUUCACCCAGAAACGGCGAGACCAGAUGACCAGCCUGGACACGGAGAAGGUCAGUAAGAUCAGUCUGGUGGACCUGGCUGGGAGCGAGCGAGCAGACUCUUCGGGGGCAAAGGGCACUCGCCUGAAGGAAGGAGCCAACAUCAACAAAUCCCUGACCACGUUAGGAAAAGUCAUAUCAGCUCUGGCUGAAAUGCAGAGCAGUAAGAAGAGGAAGAGCGACUUUAUUCCCUACAGAGACUCGGUCCUCACCUGGCUGCUGAAGGAGAACCUGGGAGGAAACUCUCGGACGGCCAUGAUCGCCGCUCUAAGUCCUGCUGACAUCAACUACGAAGAAACGCUGAGCACGCUGAGGUACGCCGACCGCGCCAAGCAGAUCCGCUGCAACGCCGUGAUCAACGAAGAUCCCAACGCCAAACUGAUCCGAGAGCUGAAGGCCGAGGUGGAGCGGCUCAGGAACCUGCUGUUCUCUCAGGGUCUGCAGGAGCUGCUGGACAACGCCAUCAACAACAACGGCCUCGGUGGGCUCAUAGGGCUGGGCCCCUCCCCCCUGCAGCUGACUCAUGCCACCAACGGAAUCGCGCCUAAACUUGACUCCGCCCCUCCAGAUGCUGAACUGUUACCCGCAGAAAACCCACCGGCUGACCCCGGUCAGGUCAUCGAAAAUGGAGAGGAAGGAGAGGAGGCGGUUGCCACGGAGCCUAUCAGUAAAGAGGAAGCAGCCGAGAGACUGAUGGAAACAGAGAAGAUCAUCGCAGAGCUGAAUGAGACCUGGGAGGAGAAGCUACGGAAGACUGAAUCCAUUCGUCUGGAGAGAGAGGCGCUGCUGGCGGAGAUGGGCGUGUCCAUAAAGGAAGAUGGAGGAACGCUGGGCGUCUUCUCUCCUAAAGGAACACCUCACCUGGUCAACUUGAAUGAAGACCCUCUGAUGUCGGAGUGUCUCCUCUACUACAUCAAGGAGGGAUUCACCAGAGUUGGACAGCAGGACGUGGACAUCAAACUGUCGGGUCACUUCAUAAAGGAGAUCCACUGUGUUUUUGUGAGUGAGACCAACGAGCAGGGGGAAGUGGUCGUCACUCUGGAGCCGCUGGUGGGAGCUGAGACCUACGUGAACGGGAAGCAGAUCACCGAAGCUGUGGUCCUGAAGCAAGGUAACCGCAUCGUGAUGGGGAAGAACCACGUGUUCCGGUUUAACCACCCGGAGCAGGCGAGGUUGGAGAGGGAGCGCAACGCCACGGCGGAGCAGCAGGAGGAGCCGGAGGACUGGAACUACGCUCAGAGGGAGCUGCUGGAGAAGCAAGGCAUCGACAUCAAGCUGGAGAUGGAGAAGAGGCUGCAGGAUGUGGAGAUCCAGUACCGUAAAGAGAAAGAGGAGGCCGACCUGCUGCUGGAGCAGCACAGACUGUAUGCAGACAGUGACAGCGGUGACGACUCCGAUAAACGCUCCUGUGAGGAAAGCUGGAGGCUGAUCUCCUCGCUGAGAGAGAAGCUACCUGCCAACAAGGUGCAGACCAUAGUGAAGCGCUGUGGUCUCCCCAGCAGCGGGAAGAGGAGGGAACCCCUCAGAGUCUAUCAGAUCCCUCAGAGACGGAGGAUCAGCAAAGACCCCAAACGGGUCACCAUGGAAGACCUGCGCAUGCAAGCCGUCAAAGAGAUCUGCUACGAGGUGGCGCUGGGAGACUUCCGGCACUCCCGUCAGGAGAUCGAGGCGCUGUCCAUCGUCAAGAUGAAGGAGCUGUGCCGCAUGUACGCCAAGAAGGACUCCAACGAGAAGGAGAGCUGGAGGGCCGUGGCCCAGGACGUCUGCGACACCGUGGGCAUCGGAGAGGAGAGGAGCCCCCCCACUGAGGAGGGAGGAGGUGGAGGAGGAGAGCCAGGCGAGGGAGGGGAGAAAGGAAAAGUGUACGACUUGAAGGCUCACAUUGAUAAACUGACAGACAUCCUGGAGGAGGUGAAGCUGCAGAACAACAUGAAGGACGAGGAGAUCAAAGCGCUGAGGGACAGGAUGAUAAAGAUGGAGAGCAUCAUACCCGUGAAGCAGGACGAUGACAUGAACGGAGAAUCUGACGAAUCACCUCAGAGAGACGGGGAAGGGGCGGGCGACAGCCCCAACGUGCCGGAGGUGCGAGUCCAGCGUCUGAUGGAGGAGGACCCGGCGUUCAGGAGGGGGCGUCUUCGCUGGCUGAAGCAGGAGCAGCAGAGGAUCCUGAACCUGCAACAGCAGAACAUCACCAAGAAGCUGCGAGGACAGAACCCGAACCAGGCUCAGAACUCCCCCACCGUCCCAGUUCACCUCCCAGGUACCGGCCGCUUUAUCCCUCCCCAGGAGUGCAAGCUGAAGUUCCCCUUUAAGAGUAACCCCGCCCACCGGUUGUCAUGGGGACCAGCCAGCGCUGCCCUGGAGGCUCUGGGUCUGGUGGAUGGAGGAGAAGGUGGGGAGAAGAGAGAGAACGGAGGAGGAAUAGAGGGUAAAAGUUCUCCCUCACCUCCACCUUCCCUCCAGGGUCAGGCUCCUGGCCUCUUACCCCUCCCCUUCCAAGCUCCACCCCCUCCCAUGCGCACACCAAGCCCUCAUCGUGCUUGGCAACAGCGCAAUCAGGGUAACCAGGGCAGCUUCCACCCCAACCAAGGCAACCAAAACUACCAGCGGCGCCACCGCCGCAACUCUCUGGACAGCUCCACCCCUGGAAACGGUAACCACGACAACAGCCAGCAUCAGGGGCGGCAGAGACAGAGGAGGGGGUUUUCACCUGGGCCAGGGGGAGAGAGAGAAAGGAGGGGAGGAGGAGGAAGGGACAGAGACAGAGAUGGAGGCUUCCAUUUUAACCAGCACCACCAGCACUACCAGUACCACCACCACCACCCCUACUUCAAUCCCCACAAUGCACCAUUCCAACCAGGACCUCACCCCAGCUACCACAGCCUGCCGCGCUCUGGGGUCCCUCAGCUGCCCCCUGACAUGCUCAUGGGGCUGGGGCCUGUGCCGGGUGGGUGGGGCUUCACCACCCCGCCCAGGAUGAGACGGCAGUUCAGCGCACCGGACCUCAAAAACAACAGGGAGACGCCGUCUGACGUCUGAUUGGCCGAGAGAGGCGGGGCCAUCCUCAUGCUGUAGAGAAUAAGCCGUGUGUCUGUGUGUAUGUGCGUGUGCGCACGUUUGCUCUAAGCUUCUACGUCUGCACAGGUUAGCCGUUGCCAUAGCAACACUGAUGUUUUUUUCUUUGUCAGUCUGUGGAUUAGGCUCAAUGUUUAUUAGAUAUUGAUUAGCAAACAUACCAGCUGCUGGUAUCCUAAAAGAGGGCGGGAUUUUCCGGAUGAAGCUGGUUCUUAAAGACAGCCUCUGCAAUAGCUUCAGUUAGCCGUUAGCUUUUAGUUAGCGCAGCCUGAUUUAUAUCGUGUUACGAACGGAUUAGAACGAGGAUAGCUGAUGUUUCCAGAGGAAAAAUGGCAAGUGAAUGUGAUUAACCCUUAAAACUCCCUGCCUUUUUAUUUUCUAAACUAAAACUAUUUGUAAAAGCUAAACCUUUUUAACCCCAGCCAGCAUCCGACAUGAUGUUUCCAGCCUCAGCUGUCAGAUUCUGAGGCUAAAAUGAUGUAAAAUGAAUGUAUGAAUAGAUAUAGCAGCAUAAAGGCCGACCAGAAGAAGAAAGCAGAAUUUAUUACUAACAGAAC